UCUCUCUCUCUCUCUCUCUCUCUCCCAUUUUCACCGCCACCUUUCCAAAUCCAUCUCGGCAAAAUCCACGUCCCCACCCACUUUUUAUCGGAUAAACAGCAACAAAUUUUUAGCUUUGCUUACAAAACCAAAUCCCCACCACCAAACCCAAAAUAGAGACACUUUCUCAACCUAAUCCCCACCUCCAAACCCAAAACAUAAGCACUUCCUCUUGUUUUUGUUUCUGUCAAUUUUCUGCAAUUUUUGUACUGUGAAAAUGGAGGAGGAAGGACCGAAGCAGCUGGCUUACCUUCACGGUGACUUAGAUUUAACCAUUGUUGAAGCCAAGAGAUUGCCCAACAUGGAUUUGCUGUCCACUCAUCUUAGGAGUUGCCUAACCUGUGAGACUUGCAAAACCCCAUCACACUCAACCGCUAAAGAAGAAGGGGACACUAAAGUCCGCCAGCACCCUAAAAUUAUCACCAGCGACCCUUACGUCACCGUUUCAGUCCCCCAAGCCACCUUGGCUCGCACACGCGUUUUGAAGAACGCCCAGAACCCCAACUGGAACGAGAGGUUCAUCAUCCCCUUGGCUCAUCCCGUCACUGAGCUCGAAAUUAACGUCAAAGACAAUGACCUCUUUGGCGCUGAAGUAAUCGGCACUGCUAAAAUCCCUGCUUCAAAAAUCGCUACGGGGGAGCGUAUCACCGGCUGGUUCCCGCUCAUUGGCCCCUCGGGAAAGCUUCCGAAGCCCGACACGGCGAUCCACCUGGAUAUGAAUUUCACGCCCUGCGAGAAAAACCCGUUGUAUAAGCAGAGCAUCGCUAGCGAUCCGGAACAAGCCGGCGUUAGGCACACGUAUUUCCCGUUAAGGAAGGGGAGCCAGGUGACCCUUUACCAAGAUGCUCACGUGCCGGAGAAUAUCUUGCCUAAAAUAGAAUUAGACGGCGGUAAAAUUUAUAACCAAGCAAAGUGUUGGGAGGAUAUUUGUUAUGCUAUAUCUGAGGCUCAUCAUUUGAUUUACAUUGUUGGUUGGUCCGUUUUCCAUAAGGUUAAGCUUGUUAGAGAGCCUAGUCGGCCAUUGCCGCGAGGCGGGGAUUUAACUCUUGGUGAAUUGCUUAAGUAUAAAUCUGAAGAAGGAGUUAGAGUUCUGUUGUUGGUUUGGGAUGAUAAAACUUCUCAUGAUAAAUUUGGUAUCAGUACGGCGGGAGUGAUGCAGACGCACGAUGAAGAAACGUUCAAGUUUUUUAAGCAUUCGUCUGUUACUUGUGUACUGGCUUCACGCUAUGCUAGCAGUAAGCUUGGUUAUUUCAAACAACAGGUUGUUGGAACCAUGUUUACGCAUCAUCAAAAAUGUGUUCUUGUUGACACACAGGCAGCUGGCAAUAAUCGAAAGAUAACUGCAUUUGUUGGAGGUAUUGAUCUCUGCGAUGGUCGCUAUGAUACACCUGAACAUCGAAUACUUCGUGAUCUUGAGACUAUUUUUAAGGAUGAUUUUCAUAAUCCUACUUUUUCUGUUGGAACCAAGGCUCCAAGGCAACCAUGGCAUGAUUUACACAGCAAAAUCGAUGGGCCUGCUGCAUAUGAUGUUCUUAUCAACUUUGAGCAGCGGUGGAGGAAAUCAACCAAGUGGAAAGAAUUCAGUCUACUCUUUAGAGGAAAAUCUCACUGGAGUGAUGAUUCUUUGAUUAAGAUAGAACGAAUCUCAUGGAUACAAAGCCCUCCCUUAACUGUUAAAGACAAUGGUACUACAAUAGUUCCAGAAGAUGAUCCCAAAGUACAUGUUACUAGUAAAGAUGAUCCAGAAAACUGGAAUGUUCAGAUUUUCCGUUCCAUUGACUCAGGAUCAUUGAAAGGAUUUCCAAAAUAUAUCAAAGAAGCUCAGAACCAGAAUCUUUUCUGUUCAAAAAAUGUGGUCAUAGAUAAAAGCAUUCAAGCUGCUUAUAUACAGGCAAUCAGAUCUGCCCAGCGUUACAUAUAUAUUGAAAAUCAGUAUUUUCUUGGAUCUUCUUAUGCAUGGCUAUCAUAUAAAAAUGCAGGGGCUGAUAAUCUGAUCCCAAUGGAGCUGGCACUAAAGGUUGCUAGUAAAAUCAGAGCAAGGGAGAGAUUCGCGGUAUAUAUCAUCAUUCCUCUGUGGCCUGAGGGUGAUCCAAAAUCUGCUACUGUACAGGAAAUUCUAUAUUGGCAGAGUCAAACAAUGCUAAUGAUGUAUGAUGUUGUUGCACAAGAACUCAAAUCCAAUCAAAUUAAGGACUCACAUCCUCAAGAUUACCUCAAUUUCUAUUGUCUUGGUAAGCGGGAAGAGGUCUUCCAGGCAAUGCUCGGUGGUAAUGAUAAUUUGGUCUCUGACUCUGCAAAAUUCGGUCGGUUCAUGAUAUACGUGCAUGCAAAAGGAAUGAUAAUAGAUGAUGAGUAUGUGAUAGUGGGAUCAGCUAAUAUUAACCAAAGAUCCAUGGCUGGUACAAAAGACACUGAGAUAGCUAUGGGUGCCUAUCAACCACAUUAUACAUGGGCUGAGAAGAAAAAACCUCCACGUGGUCAGGUAUAUGGGUAUAGAAUGUCACUAUGGGCGGAGCAUCUUGGUGAGCUAAAUAAGUGCUUCAAGGAGCCAGAAAGUCUGGAAUGCGUGAAGACAGUGAAUGGGAUUGCUGAAGAGAACUGGAAGAAAUUCACAGCUACUGAUUAUUCAGCAUUGCAGGGCCACCUUCUGAUGUAUCCUGUGCAAGUAGACGUCGAUGGAAAAGUAAACCCACUCCCUGGACAUGAAAAUUUCCCAGACGUUGGCGGUAAAGUAGUUGGAGCUCACUCGAUUCAACUUCCAGAUAUUCUUACAACAUAAUAAUAAUCUUCCCCCAGAUUUUGUGAUCAUACAAGACUGCUAGAGAUGUAAUAGUGGCAUGACACUGGACUGGACCUUGUAAAAUGCGAUCAGGAUAGCAGCGCUUGAUGAUUUCUUCUAUUGUUAUUUCAUUGGGGAAGUAUUAGUUUGUAAAAAGAUUUGCAUUGUGGCAUAUAUCUGAAGCAGUGUGCAUCCGUUGUUUAAUCGGCUACUUUGGAUCAUGUGAGUGUUAUAUCUGGAACAGUACCGUAGUGAAAACAAGAAAUGGAAAAUUUUGGUUUCGCCU